AUGAAUCUUCCACUGCUGUUCGACACAGUGGUGCUGCAUGCUCACGAAGCUAAAAAACUUUAUAUAAGUGGAGACUUGCACAGUGCUUGUCUGCGUACGGGUGAAGCCUUGAGGGGUGCAACAGCUCUGCUUGAGAUUCUGUCCAAUCCGUCCAUCUUGCCAUCUACUCAGACACUUCAUAAUGCUGCUGCUGUGACAGCAUCGGCUGUCGCUUAUGCUGCUACUCCACAACAUACAUCUUCACAGCAACCUUUGGUUUCCACUCCUACAGCAUAUCCAUCACAUCUUUUAUCCACUUCAUUGUACCAUCAACCUGCAUCAACCGAUGUUUACAGUACUAACCCUGCUCUUCCACCCAACGAGCCCGUGUCCGAAUACAUGGCUGUAGACUUGGCUGAUCCUGUACAGAAAACCCAACAGACGGAUACGUUUGAAGAUGACGAUACUCAAGAGCAAUAUACUCCUAGUACCAUGCUUUCAAAUCCUGUGAUCAUGCAAGCACUCGAUGAUGUUUUUUUUGAUUUUCUAGCCAAUGUGUGCUCAAAUCUUGAUGCUCAUGAUCGUUUCGGAGUCAAGAUACACCACACGCUUACUGCAUUGAAAGUAAGCCGGCUUGCAGAAACAGGCGGAUUUGCCCGAUUUAAAGUUCGAAUCAAAUCAUUUACUCAGGCAUUCAUGGACGAAGUAGAACGAUUUUCAAAACAGCUUCCUCAACUGGCCAACGUUCAUCGUCAUAUUGUUCAAUCGUACCUUUUGCAGCAACGGUAUCUAUGUCGAUUUUCAGAAGAAUCUAAAAAGUUUAAAUCCAAUGGCUUUUUGGUCUGGGUUGUUGGAGCUAGAAAAACAAUCCAUAAUGAAGAAGUACAAUGGGAAUUUCGUGACUUUGUACCAGAUAUUGUUGGCCCAGAACCGGUAGAAUCUAUACGAAUCGGGGAGCAUUUCACCUAUAAACCAAGAGUAUACGACCCUCAAUCACGAGAUACAUCGGCAGUGUUUCACAGCCCAUGGCUUCCGUACUGGCUACAAUGGCGAGGCAACAUACUCUAUGGUAUUCCAGAUAUCAAUUCACAAGCAUGCGAAAUUACCGUUAAUGCAUCCUUUAAAUCCAUCAGUGGCAAUGACAUUACACUUGAGCGAACAUUUGAACUACGGAUCAUUAAAGAAUAG